AGUUAAUGGAGUCAUUCUUCCUUUCUUUCUUUCUUUUUUUUUUUUUUUAGGGCUUCCUUGUGCGCCACCAGAAUAUGUGGUGGAAUAUAGUAUUCCACUUCGCAAAUCAGACACUUACCAGUAUGGAGAAGAAAUAGUGUACGAAUGUGUCGAAGGUUUUGGGACUAAUGGAUCUGCAUCUAUAAAAUGUUUAGGAGGAAAAUGGUCCCAUCCUCCAAAAUGCAUAAGAACAGACUGUUUUGGCUUACCCGACUUUGGUAAUGCCAUACCCAUAGGCCUAAUGAAGGAAUCAUAUAGGUCAGAAGAAAAAGUGACUUAUCGAUGUCCAAAAUAUUACCGGUUGGAUGGACCCAAUUUUGUACAGUGUAUUAAGAGCCAAUGGAUAGGAAAGCCAACAUGCAAAGGUACUUCAAUAAAAUUUUAGAAUCUAUUUAUCAAAAUGUCUUAAG